GUCGCUGAACAUCUGCGUCCUGUGUGCGCUUGUGCAGGUUCAGUCCAUCAUCACAGGGACGAGUAUUAUUAUAAGGCCUAGAAUUUACCAGAAAUAACAAUCUGCUGAAUUAAAUAUCGUAACAAAUGCACAUCUGACACGCUACCUGCAAACAAACGACAUCCGGAUAAGAAUGGCUGAAUUACCGAUGGGGAAAGGGGUUUCCGCAGGGAAAAUCGCGAGCAAUGUACAGAAAAAAAUCACCAGGGCUCAGGAAAAGGUUCUCCAAAAGCUUGGCAAGGCAGAUGAGACUAAAGAUGUGGCUUUUGAAGAGGGUGUGAUCAACUUUAAUAAACAGCUGGCUGAGGGUUCCAAACUGCAGAAGGACCUUCGAGCCUAUCUGUCUGCUGUUAAAGCCAUGCAUGAGUCUUCUAGACAUCUAUAUGAGUGCCUGGAUGACAUGUAUGAGUCUGAUUGGUAUGGCAGAAAGGACAUGGACUCCAUCGUAGAGGACUCAGACCUCCUCUGGACAGAUUUCCAUCAAAAACUGGUGGAUCAUGCGCUUAUAUCCAUGGACACUUACCUGGGCCAGUUUCCUGACAUCAGGGCCCGUAUUGCAAAACGUGACCGGAAACUAGUGGACUUUGACAGUGCCCGCCAUAAUUAUGCUGCAGUAAACAAAGGCAAGAAAAAGGAGGGUAUUAAGAUCACCAAGCCAUCAUCUCUGCUGGAAAGGGCCGCCCCAGGCUGGGCUCAGGGGAUCCUGUCAGCCCAUAAUGUAGCACAGACCAAUCUCACCAGGAGUCAGGCAGAGGAAGAGUUGGAGAGGGCACAGAAGGUUUUUGAGGAGAUUAAUAUAGAUUUGCAGGAGGAACUGCCGUCGCUGUGGAACAGUCGUGUCGGCUUUUAUGUGAACACUUUCCAGAGCGUGGCUGGUUUGGAGGAGAAGUUUCACAGAGAAAUGGGAAAAAUUAAUCAGAAUCUGAAUGAUACACUGGAGAAAUUAGAAGAUCAUGAAAUGUCCAGAAAAACAGGUAGCCAAAGGGUGAGGACAUCAGCAGUCCAGAGGAGUGAGAUUACACAAGAGGCCAAUCACACUUUGAGCCCAGGAGGACCACCGGCCAUUCCCAAAUCACCGUCUAAGCUAAGGCCUGCUGUUCCUCCACCUCCAAAAGUUACUCCAUCAAAGGACAUGAAGCAGGAGAGCAUUAUUAAUCUGUUUGAAGAAGCUGCCACUCCAAACAUCAGUGUCACUUCGCCAACGCAGUAUGAUGCUCCAGCCACUGCUAAUCUGCUGGACAUGGACCUGGACUCACUUCAGGCUGCCACCACCCCUGCAGCACCGAAUUGGGAUUUAUGUGAGCAAGCAGAGAUGAUUGCUGAGGUGCCUCAGACAUGGGACGAUGAUGUUACCCAGCCUGUGCACACUGGCUGGGGCGAUGAUGGUACCCAGGCUACCUGGGAUGAUGAUGGUAGCCUACCUGUGCGUGCUCCGGCCGCAUACACCACCUGGGAUGAUGAUGGCUCCCAGCCUGUACAGGGGGAUGCAUUUGAUUCUGACCAGAAGGCCCAGGGGUGGGACGAUGAUGGGGCUCAGGAUGCAGUAAAGGAAGCUGCUGCUACAGAAAAGCCAGCAGUCGAAACUACAGUAGAGACAGCUGCUGAGGGUGUAGAGAUGCCUGAAAAGUUCCUGUUCAAAGUGAAAGCGAUGCAUGACUACAAUGCCAAUGACUCUGAUGAGUUGGAGCUGAAAGCAGGCGAUGUGGUGCUGGUGAUGACCUUUGAAAAUCCAGAUGAGCAGGACGAAGGGUGGCUGAUGGGAAUGAAAGAAUCCGACUGGAUUCAGUCUAAAGACCAUGGGAAAAAAGGCGUCUUUCCGGAAAAUUUCACACAGAGGAUUUGAGAGCUCCUACUGAUCUGUGACACUUUAACCCUUGCUGUUUCUCUUUGAAUCCUUGUUUCACCUUUGAGCUUUCCUUGACAAGGCAGCGAAGAUAAACUGUAAUACUCCAACAAAUGCAGUUUUGUACUGCGGGUGUAGCCCUCUACAGUAUAUGCACCCACAUGUUACUUAUGACAUUUGCGUCAGUCUCUAUGUUGUUUUGGGUCUCACAGUGUUCAUCAGCCUUCUCCUUUAUAAUGUGAAGUGACUUUCGGUUAUACAGUUUUGCCUUUUCUAAAUAAAUGCUUUCAGUUGCAUAGCAAAAGAUAGGAACUCGUCUAAUACUUUCUUUGCAGUAGAUGUGUUUAGACUACCAGGUCUUAAGCAAUGUCCCACAAGCACUUGAGGUGCAUAUAAUGGUUUUAGCAAACCAUUUAUUUUGUGAAUAACUCCUCUACUAGUUAUAUAAUCCUGUAGUAUGAGAGUACAUAGAGAUGAAGUACUAAAGUUUCCCACCUUUCACCCCUACUAUCUACCGCCUAUCAAACCAUAUGCACAUAUUUAUAUGCAGUUAAUAUUGAAAUUAAUGAGGCUGAUAUAUUUAACCCCAGACUCUUGCUCAGGUUAACCUGUGUGCUGACGCUCAGCUUAUUAUUAUUAAUACUCGAUAUUACUAUCCACAGAUCCUUUUAAAUAAGCCAUUUCAGAUAUCUCUGAUUAUUUUACUUCACUGUGCAAAGGGAGUCAUGUACAAAUAUUAUGUCCGCCCAGUAAAACAUGGUUUAUAUUCUGUAAACUACUAUACAGUAUAUAAAAACUACUGUCGUAUUCUUUUCUUAUGUGAUGCAAUAAUGUCUACACAGAUCUGUAUUAUGAAUUGUGUUCAUAGACGCGUGUCAGAGUUAUAUAUCUGUGAUUUAAAAAGGCGAGGAUAUUAAUGCUUGUAACAUGGUGCAAAGUGAUUCAGAAUAUGCAUACUAUAAAGUCCACUUACAUUGUAUUUAAAGUUUUAUUUUUGUACAUUGUAAGGCUUAUGAGAGUUGAAACGUGCCAUGAAUUGGCGAAAAACCGGGGUCCUGCUUUACUAUGUGAUGUAUGGUCUUUUAAAGUUUGGAUAUAUUACCAUCAAUUUCAUAGCAAGGAACGCAAGUGGAGUUUAUGAACAUUUAUCAGGACCUAAAGUUGUCAUGCAGAGAUAUUAAUUCAUAUCAGUACAUGUUUUGUUUGGUUUGUCACUCCUGAUCUCUCUCUUCUCUUAUUGGACGUGUCAUGUGACCCAAGCUUAGUUGUUUUUGCCACGCUUCACCAGUUUUGAAGCACGUGUGUAUGUGUGUGUUUGCGUGCUUGGUUUUUGUAUCCUGUACUGAGAAACCAAUGUGAUCUGUAUAGAGAUGAAUUACUGAGUUACCUGCUGCCAAUGCAUCUUUAAUGACCUCUCAGAACGAUUGGGAAACACUUUGUUCUCGUGUAUUUGAGCGCUUUUACAAUAUUUGCUGGUGUCGCUGUGUUUGUGGCUGUGAACAUUGUGUAGUUUCGUCUAAAGUUCUCUUCACAUAUCUAUUAUCUGUAAUUAGUGUGAAUGUGGCAUGCUAAACUCCACGAGCAGUGUGUCAGUGUGUACUUCCUUGAUGUUUUCUGGCUGAUGUGGACUGGGAGACCAGGGUCACUUUCUGCCACUUAUAAGCCAUGAGUGUAGUCCAUACAGUCCUGUAUCACGCUAACUCACCAAUCGUAAUAAACAUGGAUUUUAUCUUGUGAUUUA